UCAAGACCGUAGGGGAGCCGGUUGCUUCACCUUGGGGGUGUCACGGAGUGUUUUCUAGAGGCAAUGGAGAACACGAGUUUGUUAUCUACUUUUUCCUAAUCUGCCACCAAAUUAAGCAAAAUACGUAAAAAGCUUUGCUCUAUGGUUGUGGAACCAGUUUAAAUUAGCAUAGCUGCCAAGUCAUCCCUUUUUUUAAGGGAUUUCCCCUUAUGCUGAAUAGGCUUCCUCGCGAGAAAAGGGAAAACUUGGCAGCUAUGAAUUAGUAGGUAUUUUUUGGGGUGGGUGAGGCAAACAGAGCUCUUCAUCAGAAGGAACAGGGCCGGGUUUAGGCUAUAGGUAUGCGCAGAAUUAGGGCCCCGUGCGACUGAGAUUAUUGUGUCUUUCUCUUAUAAAGGAACAUUUGCUUUAGUACAGACCUCCCCAGGGGUACAAGGGCGCCCCUCGGUUUAGUUCUAGCAACCGGACAACAGUUCUUGAGUAUAAUACUGUGGCCACAUGUCAAAAAAUUAGCCUCUGUCCUGAAAAGGCUUUGCAGAACGGGGGGGGGGGGGUACUGUAGCUUUGCAAAUAUAAGCCCACAAGUUACUAGUCCUCAGCAUGUAUUGUGGAGAAGGAUUGCCCCCUAUUUCCCAGCUGAACAGCUGAAAAACCAGUGUGAUCUCCAUGUUACCCUAUGAAAGGACCCGCUAUGGUUCUCAAGACCGUAUCCUCUGGAAGCAGCCACCGCUAUUUCUGUAAGGGUUCUGCAGUAAAUGCACUGGGUGUGAGCGCUCCCUCCUAAAGAAGCCUACACUUUUAUUCAGGCUACUUCAGAACAGCCUUCCAAAGCGUGUCAUUCAUUACUUGGGCAGCAGCUCCUGAUCCGCAGCGGUAUGGACAAAAGGGCCGCGAGCCAAUAGACAGGUGGGGAGGAGAUUUCAAACAAUUGCCUCGCGUGUCAGGCGAGAUCGGAGGCGGGAGGGAAAGGAGGAGCGACCGAGGAGAAGAAGUGGCUCCAGAGGAGGGGGCGAGCAGGUGCGUGUAAAGGAGCGGAAGCCUUUCCAAGCCGCCGACCGCGCGCGAGAAGAAGGGAGCCUGGAGUCUGCCUGGCCGCUGAGAGGAGAAGAUCUCGCCCUUGCGACGGCGUGCCGAAGGGGCUCGCCACUUCCCCCCAAAGGCUCCUGGGGAGCGGGGGCCAUGAUGCAGAAGGCCAUGGAGAAAUCUCAAAGCUUCCGCAUAGACGCCCUCUUGGCUGAGGAGCUCCCGCGACCCGCGCAGAGCGUUUCCCCCGAAAGCUCGACGGGGAGCCCGGGCUCCUGCGUACGGAACGAGACGCCUUCGCCGUGCGCGCCUUCCAUGGUGGCCCCGUUGCCUCCCGCCGCCUUUAUCCCCAAGCCCGGCUUGUUGAACUUUCCCCCUCCGGGACUGGGCGGCCUGCCCGCCAUGUACCCGCCCCCUCUCUACCCGAUCUCGGCUCUGGCCGGCCAGCACCCUGCUUUCGCUUACAGCGCCGCCUUCUCCCACCUGCCUCAGCCGGGUCCAGAGCACUUCAAGGCGUCCGCUGUCGCCGGGGCCGUCCCGCUGGAGCACUGGAUUCGCGCGGGGAUCAUGGCCCCCCGCUUUCCCGACUUCCACGUUGCCCCACAGUCUGGCCUGAUGGGCAAGUGCCGCCGACCUCGAACAGCAUUUACCAGCCAGCAACUCCUUGAACUUGAGAACCAGUUCAAGAUCAACAAGUACUUAUCAAGGCCCAAGCGCUUUGAGGUGGCCACGUCUCUGAUGCUAACUGAAACGCAGGUGAAAAUCUGGUUUCAGAACCGCAGGAUGAAGUGGAAACGCAGCCGGAAGGCCAAAGAGCAGGUGUCACAAGCUGAUGCUGAGAAACAGAGGGGCGUGAGCAAGGCCUCCGAGAAACUGCUGUCCGGAGAAGGGCGAGGGCAGGAGGAGGAAGAGGAGAGUGGGGGUGAUGAAUGCAGCAGCCACAGUGCUGGCACACAGUUCAUGCGCCACAGUGCUGACACCUUCAGCUACAGCCCAGGUUCCUCAUGCUCAGAGGAGGAAGAGGAGGUUCGAAGCCCUACUCACAGGGAGAUGAACUUGUUGAUAUGAGUGGACCAUAAGCCCAACAAGCAGGGCAGGGGGGGGGGGCGAUCCAGCAACCAACUCUAGAUCACUGAAAAAGGAUUGGUGCCCUCCUUUUGCUCAUAGACUAAAAAGACUCUGCCUGGGCUGGUGCCCUGGUGAAACUGUGCCACUUAACUUAUGUGUGUUUGGAAUAUAUUUAUCUUGUAAUUGUUCUAUUAGUGUAUUUGCAGCAGGGAGGGAAAGCACGCGCCUUGGGAUUUUCCUCACCAUGGUAUAAAGGCAUUUACUUCAGCAUACUAGCAAGCUGCGAUUUGCUUUGCUGUGGUUUCAAGGCAUUUUUCUCCCCAUCCAUGUAUUCUGACAAAGCCCUUCAUGACAGAACCUUUCCACCCUGCAAUUUAAUUGCUUCAGCCCUCGCUAAUGAGGAAGAGAGGGGGCUCUAGAUAUUGUCUCCACAAUGUUGGCUGGUGAGGAAAGGAGGAAAUCCCAGCCUCCUGGGUAGAAUAGAAUCCCUUUCAUUGGAGAAAGAAGAAAGAAGAACAUAUGUAGUUGGAGGUACUGAAAAACUGGUCCAGAACCUGAUGCAUUCACAAAUAGUUGAAAUGGAUGGUUUGGGGGAGGUACUUAGGAGCCAUUCGCAACAUGCUGAGGUUAGAGAUACUGCAUGGAAGAUGGAUUGCAAUAGUAACCCAGGUAGUAGGAAUUAUAAGCCCCUUUUAUGGCCAUUAGGGGGUUACAAACAGAUGUUCUGAUGCUCAUAUGAUGAUGCCAGGAAGAUAAGCAUGCAUAAGAUCAGGCUGCAAGUAGGAAGCAGAUUAGGUUACUUAAUUCACUUACUUUCCAUGUGUGUGGUCUUCCAGGGAAUGAGUUAUCAGUAUCAACUCUACAGGUAUUGCUGUGCUUUCACUAAGAUAUUGUAUUGCUUAUGCCAGGAGUAGCCAGCACGAUGCUCUCCAGAUGCUCUUGGUCUACAACUCUAAGUGGUCCUAAGCAGCAGGGCCAGUCAUCAGGAAUGAUGGAAGUUGUGGGGAAUGUUCAGGGUGGCAGGAGAAGAUAUAUUGUUUAUUAAUAUCCUUCCUAACUUGCACUAGCAAGUUCCUUUACUUAGCAGAGUGCAUUCCCCUUUACACAGCAGAAAACUACCGGUAGUUGCAAACUCAAUCUGCAAUUCAAUCUGGCUUGUCCAGAUUGAAAUGUGUUCUAAUAUUUUCCUGGUAAGACCCCUUGAAUCCCUCCUAAAAGAAGAAAGACACCACAGUCUUUUUCAUAAGCAAUAAAAAGAAAGUUUGCUCACGAUCAGGCAGAGCACAGUGUGAUCCCUGAAGGCAGGCUUAAGGCUUAAAGUUACAAGCAUAUACAAACAGGUUUACCCCAUAUGUGGGUUGACCUAAUGACUGCAGUUAGCAGUAUGGGAAGUCUGCAGGAUGAAAGGAAGUUGGAAGAGAGAGAGGCAGGCAGGCAGCAUGCCUUGUCCUUUUACCAGGUCUGGAAAGCUCACACCCACCCACUAGUCACAUGCAAGGAAUGUCCUCCAGGUCGGGAGGAACAGGAAGUUUCAACUGGCUGGACCAAACAUCCCCUUGCACGUCCACUCUAGGAAAACAAGGAAUGUUGUACUUGACUGCUCUCAGUGGAUUACAUCCCACAGAAGUUGUGGUCCAACAACAUCUCAAAGGCACUUUGUUGGCUACACCUGCUCUACAAAGUAAGAGUACACAUGUAAUACUGUAUGGACAGGACAAAGUAUGUCUGCACUGCAAGGCCCCAUGCCCUCACAUAAAAGGUGGGGAACUCAAUGGAUGCAUGUAGAAAUCUGACAUAGAGGAAGGAACAGCUGUGGGCAAACAAUGUCCCCUCCCCCAUAGCAAUAUUCAUAAUUCAGUCAUAUUUUCUCCACAUCUAAUGUUGAUUAGUUCCUCACAAUGAUAUUUAAAAUAUAAGUGCAAAAAUAAAAGAGGCUGGGUGUUCUUACAUAUCUUGAUCACUCUGAGACACUGCCCCUCAAGAAAGAGCCAGUGGGGAGACUUGAAACUGUUUUACUUUGGGCAAAUCAAAAUUAAGUGUGUGUGUGUGUGUUUGUACACACAUCCAUUCUGAUAUCACAUGCAAGUCAAAUAUUAUUUUUGCUCUGUACCUCCUUUUCUGACGAGGUACUGUGUGUGGUCCAGAAGCCUUCAGAAUAACAAAGGAUGGUUCAGUAAGAGAUGUAAUUGUUACCUGUGUCAUGCUGUUGAGCCACAAACCUCAGAAACCUCAAUGUUCAUUAGUCAUCCAACCACAAACAUUCAUCAGCUGGUACUUCACCUGUUCCACAAAUAAAGACUUCCUUCUCCACCAGCAUCCUGCUAAACACUUGGCAACAUGUAUCACCAGGAGUCAACUGUUCAAUUACCCAUCUAGCAUGGGCUUCAUGCAAUCUUUAUUCCCAGAUUUCCAGAGUUCUGUAUUCACAGAGUUUCUGAGCUCCCAGUUGUAGCAUCCAAUUGGACCUGAUCCCAGCUGAACGCAGGGUUUAAAGCCGGCAUCAAUCAGCUGAUCAGUGGUGACUUCAGGGUCCGCUGGAUUGACUGUGCUUCAGAACAUCGGUAGCUGCAAUGUGUAGCUAGUUCAAGUGGGCCUUAAAGUCAUCAUCAAGACUUGAAGCUUCACUUGAAUUGGCUUGUAUCCUGCUGGAAACUCAGCGCAGCUUGAGUUCAAACCUGAGGUUGGUGGGGAAGAGGUUGGUGUCUCCGCUGCUAAUGGGGCUGGGAUUCUUGAAAAGGUUGGUGGACAGGGUGGGCUUCCAGCCAAUACAGCAAGGCACAUCUUAAGGGCCAAAGUACACAUGACCUGCAGGGAUGCAAUCAACAUUUUUUUUGCAUUCCCCGCCCCCUCCAAUAUAGAUACCAGGCAAAGGAGAUCAGACCAGCAUCAGAACUGCAGGACAUCAGGAGGGAGUAUUAAAUCAUUUUCUCCUGUGCCAAUGGGAGCCUUCCCUCCCAAAGGAAAUAGCUGCUGAAUGUCACAAAAUUAAUACCACAGUUUGGCCCUGAGGUCUUGAGCACAGACCACUAUGGCUGGAGGAAUCUUGAGGUGUACAUUGAGGAGGAUUGAUGCCUCCUUUCAGAAACACUGCAGAAAUUGGAGUUCUUGGUGAAGUCCAGGAAUAAACAGUAAAUUGCAAGAACUCGGGCCAGGAGGAAGAUGAAUUUCAAGUGAAUCUUCAAAAGGUUUUAUUUUAUGUAAUGAAGAAUUCAAAUAGGAAUCAAUUCCAGUAUAAUAGGCAAAUAAAAAUAAAUUCCAGUGAAAAAAUCCCAGGAAGAACAUUGCUGACGAAGAAUUGUCGAAACAGGGCCUUGUCCUGGGAUUUUUUUCACUGGAAUUUAUUUUUAUUUGCCUAUCAUACUGGAAUUUAUUCCUAUUUGAAUUCUUCAUUACAUAAACAAAACCUUUUGAAGAUUCACUUGAAAUUCAUCUUCCUCCUGGCCCGAGUUCUUGCAAUUUACUGUUCCUUUCAGAAACACUGCAAAAAUGCAGCUUAUGGAGCUUGAGUGAGGAGAUUUCCAAAGAGUUAAAGUGAUCUCAACAAGCUGGAGACCUAAGCACUGAAGCAUUCAAAAUAAGAACACAAGAGGAGCCCGCUGGAUCAGGCCAAUGGCUCAUCUGGUCCAGCAUCCUGUUCUCACAGUGGCCACCCAGAUGCCUGUGGGAAAACAACAAGCAGGAUUAGAGCACAAGAGGACUCUACCUUCCUGUGGUAUAGAGUAUACCACAGCAUGGAAUACAAAUUGCUACUGCUUCUAAGAUGAGGCGUUUUGUUUCAGUUAAAAGCCACGUCUCUCCUUCAGUAAUAUGUAGCACAACUUGCAUUGUGUCCUCACACUAUUUUGUUGAACAUUACAUUUGCCAACAGCAGCAGCUAAUGACAUUGGUUUGGUAAGUGAGCAGUGUAAUGACAUCAGAACCUGGGAUAUACUGUACUACAUCUUAGGAGAGGGGAAGAACUUCCCUAACUAUUGCCUUCAGCAGGCUUCCCCAAACUUUGGCCCUCCAGAUGUUUUGGACUACAAUUCCCUUCUUCCCUGACCACUGGUCCUGUUAGCUAGGGAUCAUGGGAGUUGUAGGCCAAAACAUCUGGAGGGCCGCAGUUUGGGGAUGCCUGGCCUUGAGCUUCCUAGGAAGGCCUGCCUCAAAGGUACAGUAGUGCCAUAAAAUGAACUAGUUAGUACAGCUCCUUACAAACAGAUAAGAGGCACAGAGCAACAGUGACACACAGCGGCUGAAGUGAAGAAAUGCAGCCCUGAUCAUUUUACACCAGGCUUCCUCAACCUCGGCCCGUCAGAUGUUUUGAGACUACAAUUCCCAUCAUCCCUCACCACUGGUCCUGCUAGCUAGGGGUCAUGGGAGUUGGAGGCCAAAAACAUCUGGAGGGCCAAGGUUGAGGAAGCCUGUUUCACACCAAAGGGCUAUUCUGAAUGAUCCAUUUAUUGAGCUUUCAUCUGGAUUUGCUUUCUUCCGAAAAAGCUUGCAUGGAGGGUAGACUAUAUCUGGUCUUUAUCAAGCAUUCAUGCUGAUCUGUUUGCAGGGUGGUUAUAUGCAGGGAUGCCAAGAGAAUUUUCUUGCUGCAUUCCCCUGCAAUUUAUUGAGAAGAACUGCUGCUAAUGUUGAUCUAUUAAUGAGGGGGCAGUUUUACGUUAGGUUCAAAUUCCUGGCUUCCCUGAAGUGAUCUUCUUACUUUCAGGAUGCCACUGCCACCACUUUUCAUGCAGAUGAGAUUCUUCCAAUUACACCUAAUGUCUUGCCCCUGUCAUCCAGGCAUGGAUAUUCGAGAUAGAUAGAAAUAAUAAGGAACAUGGUCCUUCAGCAUCCUGCAUUCAGGUAAGCUUUGUGUUCCCCCAACUGGCAUAACUGAGAUUCCACUUGUCCUCUUCUGCAAACCCUGUGUCUCUAUAACUGUGCUUAAAACAGCCAGAUAGCAAAUAAUGGCUCUGUCAGGCACAUGAGCACCCAUGAAUUCUGACAGAAGAGCCAAGCCCUAUCACAUCCUUAGAACUGACCUCAUCAUCUGACACCAGAGCUUCAAAGUAGCAAAGGUCACAGGUUAAGUGGAAGCACAUGGAGAAGGUGGCACGAGGCAGAGAAAAAGAUGGAAGAAGUGUGCGGUAUCAGGAUGUCACAUGCUGAAACAUUCCCCCUGAUGGGCCAUGACAGGUUUAAUUUCCAGAGUACACCCAUUAAAGUGAUGGAUGGUGGCAUUCAGCUCAUGCAGAGUUUGUUUGUGGCUCCCUGCCGCUGUGCAAAGCAUGUUAUUUAGUGGCUCUUAUUUAUGAGAUUGUUUCUGCUGCAUCUGGGCACCUGUCCAGUUUGGGGGGAAGGGUGGUAUUGAGGAGAGAGGGGAAAGGGUUGAUUUAUGGUCAUUUAGCUGCAUGACUCAGAAUGUAAACAGACAUACCCCAUUAAAGACACAUUUUUACCCUUCUCCAUGUAUCUCAGAACCAAUGCAGUUUUACAACACCAAGGGCACUGGCAAGGAUGUUUGUAGAUCCCAUGGAUCUCUCUCAAGGAUGGGGAACUUGGGAAUCUGGACACUGUUGCCUGUGCAUUUGCCAUCAGAACAAAACCUCUUUUCAAGAAUAGAUCUGGGAUAUGUUCUACCAUACAGUACUACUGUUCCCAAGAGCACCUUUGGGAGAGAAGAUGCUGGAUACUAUACUGAACAGUCCACCUGUUGCCUCCAGAUGGCAUAAGGACAUCUUGAGUAGGGUGAGCAGCUAUUUGCUUUUAAGCCUAUUGAACUUUUGUCCCAAUGAGAGAUACCAAAAGACGAGAAAAAAUUGCAUACAUAAACAAUUUUAUGUAUGGCUGCCAGAAUGCUUUUUGCGCAGGGAUGGAAAGAAGAUACAGUACUGUCCCAACUAAGGAAGAAUGGCAGGCAAAGUUAGUGGACUAUACAGAAAUGGCAAAACUUACAGGAAGAAUAAAGAGUAAAGAAGAGAGAACUUUUUAAUAUAGACCGAGGAACAAUUAAACACAUUAGCAGGAUUAAUUUUAAACGAAGCAGUUAAAAGGUUAAUUUUUAAGAAAUUCAGAGAGUAACAAAGUUAAAGGUGUUAAAGGGGAGAUGCAGUUUUGAAAAUUCUUUUAUAAGAAACCAGGGAAGGGGGGAAGGGGAGUCAAAAUAAAUAUGUAUGUAUCUAUCUUUUUAAUGUAUGAUUAUUGUUGUUAAACUGAAAAAUAAAAUUUAA